GAUGGAUCACCCAUGCAGCCUGUCAUCGGUUCUGUACAGGUGAAGAUGACGGUCAAAGGACACAGCAUUGAGGAGUGGAUUCAUGUGUAUCCAGACAUACCUGUCCCUUUGCUGUCUUACAGGGCAUGCAGGGACCUAGCCCUCAUCCCUGAGCGGUUCCCUGCCCCUAUUGCACAGGUGACACACGCCGCUGUGAGAAAUGGGGAUCACAAAUUGCGUCAAGGUUGUCGACGACGUUCUCCGGCACAGAUUCUUUUUGGCCACUCUCUUCGCACUUGUGUCCCUGCCCACCCGAAUUCCUUUCGGCCAGAAUGGCAGCCAAACGCUGAAGAGUGUGAAAUGCGUGCCACCCAGCGAGAUUUCGACGUCCAGUGUCACUACAACAAUCGGGCCCGUCAGCUUCCAGUCCUGCCCCUUCACCAACGCGUACGCAUCCAGGACCCAGUGUCGCACAGAUGGUACCAGACAGGGACAGUGGAGGCACAACCAAGGCCCCGCCAGUAUGACAUCCGCCUCCCCAGUGGCCGCACCAUCCAACGCAACAGGAUUCACCUACGCCCAGUGCCGCCCGGAGACGGAGACCCAGCACCUGCCCCUGCCGCUGAUGAUGCAGUACCCCAGGCUCCUCCUGGCCCUAGACGUUCCGAGCGACUACGUCAACGCCGGGACACGCCAGCAUGAAGCUCAAGACGUCGCUAUGAGCUCCAAGGGGGG